AUGCUAACUUCCCUUCGCGCUGCCAAGGAAGCCAAAAUCGUUGCCAAGCGUCCCACCAUCUCCUGUAUCAAGCAUCUUCUUCACGAACAACAUCCUCGAAAGGGUCCCAGCUACCGUUCACCAAAAUACCUUCCUUCUGCUGGCGCCGCCUGUCACCCCAAAUCCUCGGAGUCGAUCGCGCUGCACAACAUCCUCGCAUCCCGUUCGGGACUUGCGUCAUUUGAUGCAGAACGAUCAUCCCGCAACAUACUACUAAUCACACGACACGCCGGGUGGUUUCGACCUUCGGCAUCUCCGUUCGAGGUGAUUACUAUGAUGGAGAACAAAUUCCACGUCCCGAGACGCGCGCCGACACCCUUCCUCAGCCACGAAAAGCGAAUGUUGCACGAGGACACAGAACUGGAAUCAAGAUAUGGAGCUUUCUCCAAAGGAGAACGCCACGCCUCGCCUUUCUCUGCUAUCAGGACGAGACUCGCACGCGUCUGGAAAGGCUCGGUCGUGCAAGGAACUCUCUGCCCAUCAAACAAUGUCUUUCUUCUGGGAAAUCUCACCAUGCUCUUGUCGAGACUCGUGGCAGCCAAGGUGACCACUCAGUCCAACUUGCAAACGGCAGUGUGGAUCUUCAUGCGGUUGACCGCUGUUGCCAGACUCCUACUCGUCAAGGAUCUCCCAGAGGAAUUUGGAGAAGACAGACGCCACAGAUACCAAUAUGGCAACGUCUUCGCCAAUGACAACACCAUACUGGUAAAUGCCAAAUCCUUCCCUCACUGGUUCCAGCCUCGAGAAGUGGGUUUUGGCGCACUUACCCGCGGGACGGAUGCCACACCCCGAAGCAGUAAGUCAGUAGGAAAGGUAAGGUACACGUCACAUCCCUUUUCGAUCAUUCUCAUUUUCUGCCUUCUUGUCAACAUCACCUGGAAGCGCGACAUCAAGCCAACGAGUCAAGGAGGAUGGCGAAGUCGACCUGUAUCCUCCUCCAAAAGAUCUGGUGAACUUCGCGACAUGAUCUACGAAGAAGUCCUCGCAUCCGCGACAGUCACGAUCCAGGCGGAAGAGAAGUUGGAGAGGAGAGGCAGCGUAGUACAUCGCCGUGGUUUCUCAGUCACAGGACCGCCAGCUUUGUUAGCCACGUGUAAACAAAUCCGUGCAGAGGCGUCGAAAAUCCACUACAGCCGCAACGCUUUCGCCAUUACAAUUGCAGCCGAGAACAUGUCAAUGCCUAUCAAAUGGUUGAACUCCAUCCGGCCAAGACACAGACGAAUGCUCCAACACAUCAGCAUCAAUUUCCAAAUGAGCUCAAAUAGUUUGGUACCCGCGGGACCUUCCUGGCUAGCGACGUACUCCCCGAGAUGGCUUCUGGAUAAGAGGCGGAAAGACACUCUUCAUACCAACGUCUCGUUCGGCUUUCUAGGUCUCGAGAUGGGGCAGAAAGAGCCUUCUCAUACCGCCGAGAUCAACCACGACUGGAUUCACUUCUUCUUCGAUCAACUGCUGCAUUUUCAGCCUAGGUUUCUGAAGUCGGGAAAGAACGGCCGCAGGACGGAUCUUGAGGCGUGCAUAGGCGAGCAAGCGGAUCUGAAGACCUUGUGGAUUCACCGAUCUCAUGAAAUUCCGGGCACAUUUAUCUCUGGCGGAAAACGAUUUAAUUUCCGUCAAAGUGGCCACAUCUACGCCAAUACUUGA